AUGUCAACAAUUUCACAAAAUACAACUGCAAGUGCAACAACUACAACACCUUCCACAACCGUGACAGAGCCUACUUCAUCUCCAGGAAACAACAACUCCAACAACUAUGUCAACAAUUUCACAAAGUACAACUGCAAGUGCAACAACUACAUCUACACCUUCCCCAACCACGACAGUGCCUACUUCAUCUCCAGCUACAUCUACACCUUCCCCAGCCAUGACAGUGCCUCUUUCUACUACAACAGUUCCUACUUCAUCUCCGGCUACAUCUACACCUUCCCCAGCCAUGACAGUGCCUCUUUCUACUACAACAGUUCCUACUUCAUCUCCGGAAACAACAAAUCCAACAACUAUGUCAACAAUUUCACAAAGUACAGCUGCACCUGCAAAAGCUACAUCUACAACUUCCACAACAGUGCUUCCUUCUACUACAACAGUUUCUACUUCAUCUCCGGUUACAUCUACACCUUCCCCAACCACGACAGUGCCUCUUUCUACUACAACAGUUCCUACUUUAUCUCCGGCUACAUCUACACCUUCCUCAUCCAUGACAGUGCCUCUCUCUACUACAAUAGUUACGACUUUGUCUGCAUCUCCAGGUACAACAACAGAAAAAACAAAUCCAACAACUCUGUCUACAAUUUCACAAAGUACAACUGCACCUGCAACAACUACACCUUCCACAAACAGGACAGUUCCUUCUUCUACUACAACAGCUUCUACUUCAUCUGCAUCUCCAAGUACAACAACUGCUCCAACCAUGACACUUGCACCCAUAACUAUAGUUGUGGCUCAAGAAACCACAACUCUGGCUUCCACAUCAGUGCUUACAACUUCAGAAAUUUCUACUGCAUCUGCAUCAAUCACAACUACACCUGCCACAACCACAACUGUACCUCCAGCUACUACAUCAGCUUCAACCUCAUCUGCAUCACCAAGUACAAUGGCAACAGCAUCAGCCACAAUAACUUUUGCAUCCACAACAGCUAUGACUCCAGAAACCAGAAGUCUUGCAUCAAAAAUCCCUACAACAUCAGAAACUACAACUCCUCAUCUGCAUCUCCAAGUAAAACACCAGUAGGUACAUCCACAACUGUUGCUUCAACAACAAUACCUCCAACAUCAGGAACUAUAACUGCUCCUACUACAACUGCAAUAACCACAACUAUGCCUUCCACUAUUACAACAACAGCCUCAACCAUAAUUCCAUUUUCAACAACAACUGCUGAAGUUGUCAAAUCCACAGAUGUAACUCUAGAAACUACAACAUCAACAACAAUGCCUUCAACUACAGAAACUCCAACUUCAAAAACCACAACUACAACUGCACCUUCCACAACUAAAACAACAGCUUCAACCAUAAAGCCUCUUGCAACUACAAAUACCGAAGCUCUUGAAACAACAGCUGUAUCUUUAUAUAUCACAUCUUCCACAAAGAUGACUAAAACUUCAGAAAAUAUCACUUCACUAACCACAACUGUACCUCAGAUUGCAGUAACAUCUGCUCAAACUUCGUCUACAGCUCCAACUGUAGUCAAAACCAAAUUAGUUUUUACAUCUGCAUCAACAGUCCCAAGUGAAGCUCUUGUCCUGAAUGCUAUCAGUACUCUCCGGAACUCCAGAGAGUCACAACUAAACAAAUCUGUGAAUCUGGUGAAUAUCACCUAUCAGAAAAUCACAGAAACCUCCUAUGCCCUCAUCUUUACAUUUAAUCUGAGUAAUAUCAGCAUUCCAGAGGACCCAGCGCUAAUAAGCAACACAUACCAGCAAGUGCAGUAUAUCAUUAACAGUGCGCUGAACACUCUUCUGAAUGACCCUGGUAGUAAUGUUUUGGAACCCAAGUCCUCCAACUUCAUGAGCUCAUCAAACCAAAUUGAGGGCACUAUUGAAUACACCUUCCAGAAUGGAGAUGUUAUGCAACCAAUCAGUUUCCUAAAUGAGCUUCGUUUUCUGAUGGGAUUGAAUACUACAACGGUGUCUCCUCUAACAACAAGCAGCUCCUCUGUGAGCCCUCCAAACCUAGUAUCUGGUUCAGCAGUGGUGAAAAGCAAGCUGCUGUUUAACUCCUCAUCUCCAGUCCCCAGUGAAGCUCUUGUCCUAAAUGCUAUCAGUACUCUCCGGAACUCCAGAGAGUCACAACUAAACAAAUCUGUGAAUCUGGUGAAUAUCACCUAUCAGAAAAUCACAGAAACCUCCUAUGCCCUCAUCUUUACAUUUAAUCUGAGUAAUAUCAGCAUUCCAGAGGACCCAGCGCUAAUAAGCAACACAUACCAGCAAGUGCAGUAUAUCAUUAACAGUGCGCUGAACACUCUUCUGAAUGACCCUGGUAGUCCCGUUUUGGACCCCAAGUCCUCCAACUUCACGAGCUCAUCAAACCAAAUUGAGGGCAUCAUGGAAUACACCUUCCAGGAUGGAGAUGUUAUACAACCAGUGAGCUUCCUAAAUGAGCUUCGUUUACUGAUGGGAUUGACUACUACAACAAUGUCUCUACUAACAACAAGUAGCUCUCCUCUGAGCCCUAUAGUCCUUGUAUCUGGUUCAGCAGUGGUGAAAAGCAAGCUGCUGUUUAACUCCUCAUCUCCAGUCCCCAGUGAAGCUCUGGUUCUCAGUGCUAUCAGUACACUCAGGAACUUCAGAGAGUCACAACUAAAUGAAUCAGUGAAGCUGGUGAAUGUCACCUAUGAGAAAAUCUCGGAAACCUCCUAUGCCCUCAUCUUUACCUUUAAUCUGAGUAAUAUCAGCAUUCCAGAGGACCCAGCGCUAAUAAGCAACACAUACCAGCAAGUGCAGUAUAUCAUUAACAGUGCGCUGAACACUCUUCUGAAUGACCCUGGUAGUAAUGUUUUGGAACCCAAGUCCUCCAACUUCAUGAGCUCAUCAAACCAAAUUGAGGGCACUAUUGAAUACACCUUCCAGAAUGGAGAUGUUAUGCAACCAAUCAGUUUCCUAAAUGAGCUUCGUUUUCUGAUGGGAUUGAAUACUACAACGGUGUCUCCUCUAACAACAAGCAGCUCCUCUGUGAGCCCUCCAAACCUAGUAUCUGGUUCAGCAGUGGUGAAAAGCAAGCUGCUGUUUAACUCCUCAUCUCCAGUCCCCAGUGAAGCUCUUGUCCUAAAUGCUAUCAGUACUCUCCGGAACUCCAGAGAGUCACAACUAAACAAAUCUGUGAAUCUGGUGAAUAUCACCUAUCAGAAAAUCACAGAAACCUCCUAUGCCCUCAUCUUUACAUUUAAUCUGAGUAAUAUCAGCAUUCCAGAGGACCCAGCGCUAAUAAGCAACACAUACCAGCAAGUGCAGUAUAUCAUUAACAGUGCGCUGAACACUCUUCUGAAUGACCCUGGUAGUCCCGUUUUGGACCCCAAGUCCUCCAACUUCACGAGCUCAUCAAACCAAAUUGAGGGCAUCAUGGAAUACACCUUCCAGGAUGGAGAUGUUAUACAACCAGUGAGCUUCCUAAAUGAGCUUCGUUUACUGAUGGGAUUGACUACUACAACAAUGUCUCUACUAACAACAAGUAGCUCUCCUCUGAGCCCUAUAGUCCUUGUAUCUGGUUCAGCAGUGGUGAAAAGCAAGCUGCUGUUUAACUCCUCAUCUCCAGUCCCCAGUGAAGCUCUGGUUCUCAGUGCUAUCAGUACACUCAGGAACUCCAGAGAGUCACAACUAAAUGAAUCAGUGAAGCUGGUGAAUGUCACCUAUGAGAAAAUCUCGGAAACCUCCUAUGCCCUCAUCUUUACCUUUAAUCUGAGUAAUAUCAGCAUUCCAGAGGACCCAGCGCUAAUAAGCAACACAUACCAGCAAGUGCAGUAUAUCAUUAACAGUGCGCUGAACACUCUUCUGAAUGACCCUGGUAGUAAUGUUUUGGAACCCAAGUCCUCCAACUUCAUGAGCUCAUCAAACCAAAUUGAGGGCACUAUUGAAUACACCUUCCAGAAUGGAGAUGUUAUGCAACCAAUCAGUUUCCUAAAUGAGCUUCGUUUUCUGAUGGGAUUGAAUACUACAACGGUGUCUCCUCUAACAACAAGCAGCUCCUCUGUGAGCCCUCCAAACCUAGUAUCUGGUUCAGCAGUGGUGAAAAGCAAGCUGCUGUUUAACUCCUCAUCUCCAGUCCUCAGUGAAACUCUGGUCCUCAGUGCUAUCAGUACUCUCCGGAACUCCAGAGAGUCACAACUAAAUGAAUCAUUAAAGCUGGUGAAUGUCACCUAUGAGAAAAUCUCAGAAUCCUCCUAUGCCAUCAUCCUUACAUUUAAUCUGAGUAAAAUUAGCAUGUCAGAGGAACCAGCACUAAGAAACGACACGUACAAGCAAUUGCAGGAUAUAGUCAAUAAUGCUCUGAACACUCUUUUGAAUGAGCCUGGCAGUCAGGCUUUCAAACUCAAGUCCUCCGAAUUCAUGAGCACAUUAAAUCAGAUUGAGGGCACUAUGUUAUACAGCUUCCAGGAUGGAGAUGUUAUACAACCAGUCAGCUUCCUAAAUGAGCUUCGUUUACAGACAGGCCUAACCACAACCAAAACUCCGACGACAUACACAACUUCCCCACCGACUGUGGUUGGGAAGGCGAUUAUUUACAUUCGCCUUGUGUUCAUCACGCUGGGUCCCAUACCAAGUGAGAGUAAAGUUCUAGAGUUGGCCAACUCUCUACUCGACUCACGUCUCAGAACUAAACGUUCUGUCCCAACACAAACCCUGAGUGAUCCUGUGAGCUUUGCGAGUGUCACCUAUCAGAGAAUUUCUGACAACUCCUAUGCUCUCAACUUUGGAUUUAAAAUCAACAAUGUCACCAUGACUGAGAAACUUGAACUCAGAGAUGACACCUACACAAUAAUUCAAAACUCCAUUAAUAAAUUGCUGAACCAGAUCCUAAGUUCCCCCUCAGCUACUCCGUUUGUGUUCAAACAAGCUAAUUUCAAGGGCAAUUCCACUGUGAUUGAGGCCAGUGUACAGUAUGUUUUCUCAGAAAGUGACAUCCAAACACCCAGCAUCUUUCUCCAGGAACUUCUCAAAGUUAAUGGUGUUACCACACCUGCACCUGCUGUAACUUCUCCACCUACUGUGGUUGGGAAGGUGAUUAUUUACAUUCGCCUCGUGUUCAUCACACUGGGUCCCAUACCAAGUGAGAGUAAAGUUCUAGAGUUGGCUAACUCUCUACUCGACUCACGUCUCAGAACUAAACGUUCUGUCCCAACACAAACCCUGAGUGAUCCUGUGAGCUUUGUGAAUGUCACCUUUCAGAGAAUUUCUGAUAACUCCUAUGCUCUCGUCUUUGGAUUUGAAAUCAACAAUGUCACCAUGAAUGAGACACUUGAACUCAGAAAUGAAACCUAUAAAUUAAUUCAAAACUCCAUUAAUAAAUUGCUAAACCAGAUCCUAAGUUCCCCGACAGCUACUCCGUUUGUGUUCAAUCAAGCCAGUUUUACGGGUAAUUCCACUGUGAUUCAGGCCAAUAUACAGUAUGUUUUCUCAGAAAGUGACAUCAAGAAUCCCAGCAUCUUUCUCCUGGAACUUCUCAAAGUUAAUGGUGUUACCACACCUGCACCUGCUGUAACUCCCAACACUACAGUCCCCAACAAUGGUACUAGUGCAGCAUGGGUUGUGGCUAUCAUCGUCCCUUGUGCUAUCAUCAUUAUGCUGGUACCUUGCUGGAUUCUCCUUUGUUGUUUGCUCUGUGGUUGCUGUGCAGCAGUCAGAAGACGCUGGCACAGAAGACGGUCAUACAAUGUACAGUACACCUCUCGAAACAGCCUCUUCUAGAGAAUUCAGAGAUACUCAAUGAGAAAAACUAAAAUGGGCAAUAUGCAAUGAUAUGGGUUGAUUUUAAUUUUCUUUAUUCAUUAAUGCCAAAGUUGGAUAUUAGCAAUUGAAUAGUUCCUUUAUAUUAUAUAUAUCAUGAUGAAUUUACUAUGUUGAUGCUUCUUUUAUAAAUUAUUUAUUUUAUUGUACCUGUGUUGCUGGACAUACAAGAUCUGCAUACAAAAUAUGUUUUCAAGCUUUCUCUGUAGAAUACUUUACCAUGAUUUUUAAUAUACAUAUUUAUUUGUUUUUAUAAUUAUUAUUUAGAAUAAUAUAAAAAUAUUAUAUUCAUUUAUUUGACAUGAAACAAGUCAUGAAAGGGACAAUGGCAGAAUAUUUUAGUUACAGUUUUUAUUUAUUUAAACUUAAUGCACUUUAUCUAUAUACUGUGCACCUGCAGCAAAUAUAUGUU